GGGCAGGGAGCAAACUCCAGGCCGGGGCUUUGCUGGGAGCUGCAGGCCUCGCUCUCCUGGGCUCCUCAUAGCGACAGGCCGGGGAAUCGAUGGCCUAUUCCGCCCAGGGAAGGGGAGGCCGGAGCAGGCUCGCCCAGCGCCCAGAUCCUCCCUGUUGGGUCUAGGGGUUGCAGUUCUCUCUACCUAGCCCGAGACUCCCAACCCGGGGGAGGGUCACAGCACCCCUUGGGGAGGAGAUCCAGCGCCCGUCCGAUGUAAGGAGAGGGCUGCCUGCAGUUCCCCCCUCCCCCGAGCCAGGGGUCCCCGACUGGGGGUGGAUGGGAAGGGAUCCUGGCCCUCCAGUGAACGCCAAGACCCUCCAGACUGGAGUGUGUCACAGCCCCCCACCUAGACCUUUCUCUCUCUGUGUGUGAGAGGAUCCUAGCUCCCUCCCCAUCCCUCAAGCUUCCCAAAAUGGGGAUAUGAGAGACAGGAGAGGAGUGUCACUUCCCCUUACUGACAGUCCUGGUUUUCCAAACGUGUAUGUGUGUUGCAAAAGGACUUCCACCCCAUAGGGUUGGAAAAGGAGAUUAUACCUCUUCUCCAGAAUAAAGGUCUGCCUCCUCCAAAAUGGGGGGUGAGGUUUCUGCAGGGUGUGGCUUUAAAGAGGAGGGGAUGACCGCCGGGUCCUGCUUUGGCAUAUGGAACAAGCCAUCCACUCCAAAGUCAAACCAGUGCAGCUGAAAGGGGAGCAUCAUUCUAACAUCUUCUGCCUAGCUUUCAACAGUGGUAACACAAAAGUGUUCUCUGGAGGCAAUGAUGAGCAAGUUAUACUCCAUGAUGUUGAAAGCAGUGAGACCUUGGAUGUGUUUGCACAUGAAGAUGCAGUGUAUGGCCUUUCAGUGAGCCCAGUGAAUGAUAACGUCUUUGCCAGUUCAUCCGACGAUGGCCGGGUUCUCAUUUGGGAUAUCCGAGAGUCUCCCCAUGGAGAGCCCUUCUGCUUAGCAAACUACCCAUCAGCCUUUCAUAGUGUGAUGUUUAAUCCAGUAGAACCCAGAUUACUGGCUACUGCCAACUCUAAAGAGGGUGUGGGACUUUGGGAUAUUCGCAAACCACAGAGUUCACUGCUCCGCUAUGGUGGAAAUCUGUCCCUUCAAAGUGCCAUGAGUGUCCGAUUCAACAGCAAUGGAACCCAGCUGCUGGCACUGCGUCGGCGUCUUCCACCAGUCCUCUAUGAUAUCCACUCCCGACUGCCUGUCUUCCAAUUUGACAACCAAGGUUACUUCAACUCAUGUACUAUGAAGAGCUGCUGUUUUGCAGGCGACCGUGACCAGUACAUCCUCUCUGGCUCUGACGACUUCAACUUAUAUAUGUGGAGAAUUCCUCCGGAUCCAGAAGCAGGUGGGAUCGGCAGGGUUGUUAAUGGUGCCUUUAUGGUGUUGAAAGGUCAUCGGUCAAUUGUAAACCAGGUUCGGUUUAAUCCCCAUACUUACAUGAUUUGCUCCUCUGGCGUUGAAAAGAUUAUAAAGAUCUGGAGUCCUUAUAAGCAGCCUGACUGCACAGGAGAUCUGGAUGGUAGAAUUGAGGAUGAUUCACGUUGCCUCUACACUCACGAAGAGUACAUUAGUCUUGUGCUGAACAGCGGCAGUGGUCUGUCCCAUGAUUAUGCUAACCAGUCUGUUCAGGAAGAUCCACGAAUGAUGGCAUUCUUUGACUCCCUCGUGCGCCGGGAGAUUGAAGGCUGGAGUUCUGACUCUGACAGUGACCUUAGCGAAAGCACCAUCUUGCAGCUCCAUGCUGGAGUAAGUGAACGCUCCGGGUAUAGUGAAUCAGAGUCCUCUGCCUCUCUGCAUCACUCCCCACCGCAAAUGGCAGAAGAAUCGGACGAAACAGCCUAUAACUUAGGGACCUUAAGAUCAACAGAAUCUCCACCAGCAAGAGAAGAUGUGGCUUCUCGUCAACAGAGGCUAUCUGCGCUUAGAAGAUACCAGGAUAAACGUCUCCUGGCUCUUUCCAAUGAGUCUGAUUCUGAUGAGAAUACCUGUGAGGCAGAACUGGACACAGACCUUUUCCCACGGCCAAGGUCCCCAAGUCCUGGGGAGAAUGAAUCUAGCAGUUCUAGCAGUAGUAGCAGCACAGAUGAUGAAGAGGAAUUGAAUGAACGACGUGCAUCGACUCGUCAACGCAAUGCAUUGAGACGACGACAGAAAAUGCAAAGGGAAGAGAGGACUAGUACAAAUCCAGAAAAUGUGAGCACCUACAUAGGUGAGGAUAUCUAUGAUUAUCCACAGAUCAAAGUAGAUGACCUUUCUUCUUCUCCAGCUUCUUCACCUGGAAGAAGUUCCACUAAUAUGGAGGUCCUCAAAGAACGGGCCUCUCCUUGCUCAGACAGUGAAUCAGUAGAGAGAAAGAUUUACAAGGCUUACAAAUGGCUUCAGUAUUCUUAUAUAUCCUAUUCAACUAGUAAAGAUGGUGAAUCCUCUCAUGAAGAGGGGGAGAAUGAUGAGGGGAGACCAGGAACUAGUGGAAGACACGGUAUGGCACCCUCAUUAAAUAAGGAAGAUGCUAGUAACUUGAGUUUAUUAGUUCCUCAAGGUGCCCAAGAUAUUUCUACUGAAAGCCCCAGCAAAGAAACUUUAAAGGAAUAUGGUACGGUAGAAAACUCUAGUAAUGGUCAAGAUCAUGAAUGCGACAAUCGGCGACGGACGGAGGUUCAAGAAAGCACAUCCCAAGACACCAGCAGUGGGUCUGUAGAACAUUCUUUUGAUACAAAAAAGCUCAAUGGAAAAGCCAUCUGCAAAGGGCUAAGUAGUCAUACUGAAGAGCCAUGCACUCAAACUGCAGGACUUCUAGAACAGAAAAACAGCCAGAACUGUCAACCAGCAUCAAGCAACCACUUACUGGCUAUUUCCAAGGAUUCACUCUCUGCUGCUGCCAUCUGCAGUGGAUCUGGUAAUUACUCCAGAAACCAAACUGAUGACAGUGAGGACAGGAACCUUGAGACAUCCUGUGUAAAUCACAAUAAUGGCCACUUACAUCCUUGCCCUUCAUACUUCUCCAAAUCUCUGUCCAUUGUUGAGCAGGAGACUGUAACCCAAGGACUACAAUCACACUUAAAUGUUGAUAAUGGCAAUGUUGUACAGACAGGUGUGACCUUGCACAAAGACUGUUGCCUGUCUGAAAUGGACUCCAACAGUUACAGUGUAGGUACGAAAGAGGAUAUUGGCAACUUGCAUCUGACAGACAGUGAGAGCUCUCAAGCUCUUGGAGGACUGAAAAGGCACAGAGCAGAAUUUGAAGACACAGAUUCAGAGAAUUCUUCAUCAGAAAAAAAGUUAAAAACAUGAUAAAUGAAAAUAUCUGUUUAGCACACUCUCUCUCUCUCGCGUGCGUGCUCGCUCUCUCCUUAACAAAAGAUUAACAGGAAGUAUUAAAGGCACCUAGAGCUGGGGGUCUAAAAUGUUGCUUUUCUGACUCUCUCCAUUCCAUUCUUCAGUGGGUCUAUUUUAGAUUGCCUAUGGCUUGUGCUGUAUAAAAAUCCAAUCAACUCUCUGAUAAUGAGACUGAGUAUAGUGUACCCUUCAAGGGUCUGUUAAAGUAAAUCCUUAUUAAGACGGUUGACUUAUUCUUGUGUGAUCGUGUGUUGUUUGUUCAGCCAGCCACCUAAUAUGACUGGCGUUAAUGUAAUUAUUCUGCUGAAGAGGAGUUUUUGCAUACUGAUAGUUAUGCUACAUUACAGACUUUACAGUCUCAUGAAGAAUGAUUGUUGAAUUAGACCACACUGAUAGUGCUGUGCAGUGUGUUCUUUAAAGAAAAUGGGAGCAAAUGGGGAGAAGCGCUCUGGCCCUGUAUUCCAUUUCAGAAAGUUAAAGAAGUGUCAGAUAUGUUUUGAAAAUAUCCUCCUUGUUUAUGUAUGUGGAGAUACUUCAUAAAGCACUUACAUUGAUGUACUUCAGUGAAGUCAUUUUAAUACGAAUACAAAGGUGUAGGAAACAAGCCUCUUUCCAAAAUCAGCUGAGGCUGUUCCUAUGAUACCUUUUUUGCUUUUUAAAAAAAAGUUAAUACAGUUGCAUCGUUAUGCUGAAAUAUUGAUGUUUGGUGUUUAGAAGUGUGAAUUGAUGUAGACCCAACUCCAGUCAAAGGCCAUUCGAAUAUGGCACAGAAAUAUACCCUUGAAUGUGCCUGGCUUACUUUGGUUCAUUGUCACUGGAACGUGACUCUGAAUGCAGGGAUGUGUAACAAAAACAUUACCUUCUGUGUGCAUACUUACAAGAGGCAAUCCGUCCAAGAAAGAAGAUGGUUAUUGAUUAUAGAUGGGACGGAGGAAAGGAUGUAUAAGGUAUCUGACACAGCUUUUCAAGCCUUUCCAAUUUUGCUGUUCAUUUGAAUCAAAAUUGGUCUUAUUCAUCACAAUAGGGAGCUUGUGCAAAUAGGCUGGUAUUAGAAUACAUGGUGGUUGUUUUUUCCUCUGCCAUGCUGCAAUAUUGAAAUUGCAACUGGACCUGUGGUUUCCAGCUCAACAAGUAUUUCUAUAUGUGAGCUAUUUACCCUAAAUAUCGCUACAUUGAAACUUAGGAGGUGUCUUGUGUCAGAGAAGGGUACCUUUGCGGCUUGUCGCUGUGACGCUGGUAUAUCAUCCUGGAAUGAUGGGUAAUGUUGGCUGGGCCCUGUUUUUAGUAGAGUGCAGUAGUCCAACAGUCCUGACACACUAGGCAUUUUGGGGCAGUGGUACGAUUGUCCACACAGUUAGAUGAGAGGAAUCUAGGGAGGAAAGAGAAAACAGAUACAUAGAGAGUAAAAAUUACUUGUUUGGUUCUGAUAGUAUUGAUUAAAAGAAAAAUGCUUGUGCUGAAUCUAGUAGUUGCUAGAAAGUGCUAGCAAAAGCUGCCUGAUUUUCAGGAAUAAGGAACUCUGCCUGGAAAGACAUUUUUUGCAAUCUCAACCGUUCUGUUCAGCUUGUGGUUCAGCAUUGGGUUCAGUAUAACUGCUUCACAGAUACACUGUACCUGGGGGACAGGUAAAAUGCCCUGAAAAAAGAAAAUGAAAGAUGUAGAGAGCUUUGAAAGGAUGAUGAAAGGAAAGAGGAGAGAGGGAAGGAGACAGGAGAAGAAUGUGCUAACCUUGUGGGAACUGAAAAACCUUGAUGAAUUAGGAGAAGAGAGCAAUGGCGUGCCAUAGAUUUCCUCUCUCCUGGUCAGAGUCUGCUUUUCUAAGGGAAAACUCCAACGGUGAGUGAUACAAUAUUUAGCGAGCAUGUAAGAAGGUUGGAGGGGGAAAAUGUUUUCAAAACAAGUGUAAGUAGCAACAAGGAAGUGUUAAUAUUUUGCUGUCUUACCAGUGGAAAAACAUUUCUGUAAUAGUGGGACUCAGAUUGCUGUAAUCGAGAUGGCUUCUUAGAGUGUCUGUUUAUACUUUAAAAAAAAAAAAAAACUGUUGUGAAUCCUGGUUUUGUAAGCCCAAAUCUUAAGGUUGCAAAAGCAAAAAAUCUAUCUUUUAAAGUUCAUUAAAUUGGAAACUUUUUUUUAUCCUUUUAUAGUCACUUUUUUCCCCCUCCUGUGCAUGGGCUAUGAAAUACCUGAAAUUCCUGACCAAAUACUCUGUUGAAAAGUAUUACAAUAAGGAAGGUCUUUUCUUUGAAUGCUUAGUGUGUUACUUUCCAAUUUAUUUUCUUACUAUAAACAGAAGUAAAGCUUCCCAGGGCUUGAAGUUCAGCUCUAUCUUAUAACUUCACUCCAUGGGGACUCACUACAGCUUUCCAAAGAUGUGCACUGUCCAAUGAUUCCCUAACCUUCACACAUUCAGCCCUUCAUCUGAGCACCUGCUCUAGGGGAGGGGAAAUUAGGCUGAGAUUUAACCCCUUGUUCACCGGGGAUUAGAUAGCAUGGCUGUUCAUUAGGACCACACCUUCAAAUCCAGUAUAAUCAGUUCAGCUCUCCAUCCUUCCAAGUGGGAUAUAUUUUACUACCAGGAUGGUGCAUUUCCUAGCCAAGACUUUUUUUAAAAAAAAAUCCAGGUCCUGUCUGCUCUGCAUGGACAUUAACAAAUAAAACACUUUCUGUCAGAGGCCGGUCUCAGAGCCUACAUUGGUUUGCUGCAUCCCUGACUUCUGCCGUGCGCCCCAGAGUUUUAGUGCUGUACUAUGUAUAUGAAAGACCUGUUUAAGAGCAUUUUAUCCUAUUUUUAGUGUAAAAUGGAAAAUCUUUAUGAGAAUGUAACUGAAAACAUUUUCAUCUAAAGAUUUUACAUCUCUUCCAAUAAGCUCUACUAUGUGCUUUGGGGUAAAAGGUGCUACAUCAAUAUUUUUCUACCGUGUUAGCAACAACUACCCUUCACCUUUUGCUAUUCAGUUAGCUACGUUUUGUCUCCAAGAAACUUCAUGAGGGGUGGAGAAAAGGAAUUCCCUUUUCUGUCUCUUCAUAGCGUAAUCUUCUUAAAUGGGUGAACUCCUGACACUCAUCUAUGAAUCCACAGGGUACAUUUGCCAUCUUCAGACUUCCCCUUUCACAGCUUUAGUACCAAAGCUAACCUAGUUGUCAAACUAACAAAGAAAAGUACCAAUGAAGUUUAACUUUCUCUAAGGCCAUGUCUACCAACUUUGGUUAAUGCAAAUUACAUUGUCAUAAAGCUGCUGCAGUUAGUAUAUUGUGUGUGCAUACUUGACUUCUUGUAUCGGCACUGCACUUACUCACCAUGGAGUGCUUUUGUCGAUGCAUGGUGCAGUGCACCAUGAGUAGAUAUCCCAGUGUGCAAGUUCACAACCAUCCAGCGCACUGUAUUUUGGCAAGGCCGAGUGGGGCAGAAAAGUCAAGGAGUCAACUUCCCAGCAUGCAGCCGCCUUCAUCCCCAUAAUGUCAUCCAUGUCCCAUCAUUGUCGCAUCUUUUUGAAAAAAACAUGAACUUGUGCUGCCCUGCUCACUGUCUGCCAUCUCUGAUGGAAGCAUGGAACCUGCACAGCUCUGCAACAUGUUCAUGAGUGAUGCAAUCACAGGACUCAUGAUUCUCUGGUAUGUACAAAGUUACAAGAAGAACCAAAUCAGGGGGAACAUGGUGAUUUUGUGGAGGACAGAUUUCUGUGGACAUAGACCAAUUGAAUUCAAGGUUCUUGAUGGCAUUCACAGAGUAGAUGCUGAUGGUGGAACGCUGCUUCUGGGCCCAAGCACUGACUGAGUGGGACUGCAUCGUACUGCAGGUUUGGAACAACGAGCAGCGGCUGCAGAAAUUUCAGACGUGCAAGGCUGUGUUCUUGGAUCUGUGUGUCGAGUUCACCCCUGAGAGCUGCACUGACAGUCAAGAAGUGAGUGGUGAUCGCACAGGGGAAAUCUGCAAUGGGAAAUCAUUUUAGAGUUGGAAAAUCCACUCUGGGGGGCCAUUGUCAUGUAAAUGUGCAGAGCCAUUAAUUGUCUCCUGCUACAGAGGACUGUGACUCUUGGCAAUGGAGUUCCCAAACUGUGGUGUGGUGUGAUAAAUGGCAUGCAUAUCCCUAAUUCGGCACCAGCCCACAUCGCCCCAGAGUACGGCAAUUGAAAGGGCUAUUUUUCUAUGGCUGUUCAAGCAUUGGUGGAUCAGCAGGAAUGCGUCACCAACAUUAAUGGUGACUGGUGAAGAUACAUGAUGAUGUCACAGGACUCUUUAAGAACACCGGACUGUUCAGAAAGCUACAAGCGGGACUUUCUUUCUGAACCAGUGGAUUACCGUUAAAAUGCCAAUAGUGAUCCUGGGGGACCCAGCCUAUCGCUUGCUCCUCUGACUCAUAAUGCUGAACAUUAGCCACCUCACCAGUGCCAAGGAAAGAUUCAACAGCUGGCUCCAGAAGUGUAGAAUGACCAUUGAAUGCUCUUUUGGUACAUUGAAAGGGACAUUGGCAUUGUUUACUCACAAGAUUGGAUAUCGGUGAAAAAAAAUCCCAAUGGUUAUAAAUGCCUCCUAUGUCCUGCAUAAUAGCUGUAAAGCAAAGGGGGAAAAGUUGCCAUGGCUGUCUGCUGAGACAGACUGACUCAAGGACUAUCAGAAGAGCUCAAUGCAGAACUAUACGACUCAGGGAUGCCCUGAAAGAUCACUGUAACAGUGAGCCAUGGUAAGGCAUUGUGGACUGCUCUAUCUGGCCUGACAGUUUUGGUGCCUGUUAAGAAUUGUGUGGUGCUGGGUGUAUGUUUGAAUAAAACACUGUCAGUGCACCUA